AUGAGUAUAGCGGCUGGAGCUCCUUCUCGAGCGGAGGUGCUCACGCUUUUCCGCUCUUUUCUUCGCGUGGCUCGUAAAUUCACAGACUACAACAUCAGAGAGUACACGAAACGCAGAACCAUCGACGCGUUUCGUCAGAAUCGGAACCUCACGGACCCAUCUGCCAUUUCCGCUGCGUUUUCAGAUGGCAAGGCUCAGUUCGAGGUUGCCAAUCGGCAGGCUGUUGUUUACUCUCUCUACGCUCCAAAGCUCAAGAGCGUCAUGGAGGUUCAGAAGUAA